GUUGUAGUCCAACAAUAAUCAGAUUUGCUUCGUUCUGAGCGAUGUCGUGUCGGAAAAACUACAAUCCCAUCAGCAAUGUCGGCACAAUACGGUUUGGGGGUUUUGGGAUUGUAGUCAUUUGGCAUACAGUAACGAUUACAAUCAACGACGUGUGCAGUGAAUUGGACUACAUUUCCCACAAUGUGGGUCGCAUAGUUAUGGCACCUCUUUACCCAAUACGAGAACCUGCGUUCGAGGCGUUGUUAAAUUCCACGGUAGAUACAUCGUUUGGACGCCAGCGCAUUCACCGAUAUGGUUGUGAGUUAGCAAUAUGGAGGAUGUCGAAACAAUUGUGCUACACGGUUCGAGUGUACAGGAAGAGGAAACGGCAGUGUCCGGUGCAGAUGCCGAUAAAACAAAAGCGGAGUUUGUUUGGACCCUGCUGGCCACCUGGCACCUGGUCAACAUCCGACUAGAAAUGGACCAGGCUUUCGAGCAGCCCGUGUGCAAGAAGAAGAAACUGUGGGAGGCGGUGGCGGAGAAGGUGAACGCUCAGCUGAGGGAGAGGGACGGGGCGGACGUCUGGGUCAAGUCCUACGAGUGCGACCUCAAGUGGCGGAACAUGUUGACCACCUACAGGAAGAACGCCGCCAGGGCCAAAAGGCUGGGGGAGGCCAGCGUCCACUGGGAGUUCUUCAGGAGGAUGCACGAGGUCCUGGGCAAGAACCGGGAGGACAUGGACGCCCUGCGCCGGGCCAAGCUGAGCGGGACCGAGGCGGGAAAAGCCGCGGCGAGCAAGAGGUUCACGCCCAUUCUGCCUUCGCCUCCCGCCGCCUCGCCUUGCCCACCGCCGCCGCCGCGGCCUCCGCAGGACGUCCUGCAGCUGUACAUGGAGCUGCAGGAGAGGAAGCUGAACAUGUGGGCCCAGCAGAAGGCCCUGGAGGAGAGGAAGAUCGAGGCCCUCAACAACUUAGCCCAGGCCAUCUCCAGCCUGGCUCAGAGAGACUCUCAGGUGGGCAAAGAUGGCCGUUAGUUCCACACCGAGACGCUGUCGGCGAUAAACGUCAACAAGCUUUUUGAAGGCAGCGUGCUCGCUGAAAAGGAUGCUUUUCACAUCUUUCAUAAACAUUACGGUCAAAGCUUUCAGACUGAAGACGCUUUUGCGAUACUUGUUGCCAUCUAGUGGGUAAAACGUGGAACUGCAACUUGUUGAAAUCUACAUUUGGAAGCAUUAAAAGUGACUUUUGUAUUAAUAUGUGGCACCCAUGUUGAAUAUCAACUUAAUUUAUACUAUUAAUCUGACCUGUGAACACGCUACAUUUAUGCUAAUAUUGGAACCUCUGUUGCCAGAAUUUUACUACAAAAAAAAACUUUUUCUUUUUUCAGUAAUGCACUGUAAAAACCACCAUAGAUUAAAAAUAAGUUGCCAGCAUUUCAUGAUAAAAAUAACAAUGGUACCGAAUUAACAGUAAUUCAGUGUAACCACCAUCAAUUUUAUGGUAACAUCUACUUUUUUUUAAUGUAAUACACAAAAAAAGUAAGUAGAUUUUAUGGUGAAAUACUAGAAGCUCCGUCACCAUAGUGUUAUUGAUUGAUUGAGACUUUUAUUAGUAGAUUGCACAGUACAGUGCAUAUUCCGUACAAUUGACCACUAAAUGGUAACACCCCAAUAAGUUUUUCAACGUGUUUAAGUCGGGCUCCACGUUAAUCAAUUCAUGGUUACUGUAAAAUAACAGUGGUAUCCAUUUUAAAUUGACAGUUUUCUGUGCAAGAACCACUGUAAAUGUUAUGGUUAAGUUCU